CAGUUUCAAGCAGAGGAGAGCGCGUGCGUUAGUAAACUUUGGCUUUCCUGGGUGGUCACGCCCGACCCCGGAGCGUCCCGCUUGCUAUCCCGCGGCGGCCCGGCUUCCGGCCGCGCCGGCGACGUCUCGGGGUUCGACUGGCCACGCCUGGAGCGCGGGGUUUGACUGGGCCGCCGUUGUUGUAGUGACCGGGAGGCGCCGCCGCUCUGAGCAGACGGUUCCGGGCGCCCCACGGUCCCCCCUCCUACCCCAUCCCCUCCCUUCCCCGGCUCUCCCCGCGGGCUGGAGCCCGGCGCCGACCGCGCCUCCCAUGGCCUCCGCCCUGGUAAGGAGGGGCUGGGGGGCGCCUCCCCGGAGCUGGUGUCGCGGGCUGCGGCGCCAGGAGGACCCGGUUCUCGAGCGCUAUUUUAAGGGCCACAAAGCGGCGAUCACCUCCGUGGACUUCAGCCCCAGCGGCAAACAACUCGCUACUGCUUCUUGGGAUACGUUUCUCAUGCUAUGGAAUUGCAAGCCACAAGCCAGAGCUUUCAGAUUUGUGGGUCACAAGGAUGUUGUAACCAGCGUGCAGUUUUCCCCACAUGGAAACUUACUGGCCUCUGCUUCACGGGACAGAACUGUCAGACUAUGGAUUCCUGAUAAGAGAGGGAAAUCCUCCGAAUUUAAAGCUCAUACAGCUCCCGUUCGAAGUGUAGACUUUUCAGCCGAUGGCCAGUUUCUAGCUACAGCCUCUGAAGACAAAUCCAUCAAAGUAUGGAACAUGUAUCGCCAGCGUUUCUUGUAUUCCUUGUACCGACAUACGCACUGGGUACGCUGUGCCAAAUUUUCACCUGAUGGAAGGCUAAUUGUAUCAUGCAGUGAAGAUAAAACUAUUAAAAUUUGGGAUACCACCAAUAAGCAGUGUGUUAAUAACUUCUCAGAUUCUGUAGGGUUUGCAAAUUUUGUGGAUUUUAACCCUAAUGGUACAUGCAUAGCAUCAGCAGGUUCUGAUCAUACCGUGAAAAUCUGGGAUAUAAGAGUAAACAAGUUGCUUCAGCAUUAUCAAGUUCACAGUGGUGGAGUUAACUGUGUAUCAUUCCAUCCUUCGGGCCACUACCUCAUCACGGCCUCUUCAGACGGUACACUUAAGAUUCUGGAUCUCUUAGAAGGAAGGCUCAUAUACACCCUUCAAGGACAUACGGGACCCGUCUUUACUGUUUCAUUUUCAAAAGGUGGAGAGCUGUUUAGCUCAGGAGGUGCAGACGCACAGGUCUUAUUAUGGAGGACUAAUUUUGAUGACUUGAAUUGUAAGGAUAUGAUAAAAAGAAAUCUCAAAAGGUUACAUUUGGAUGCGUCACCUCAUCUUGCCGAUAUAUACCCAAGGACACCACAUCCCCACGAAGGGAAAAUCGAGACCAUUGAAAUUAAUCCAAAGCUUGAGGUAAUUGAUUUGCAGACUUCUCCCCCUGUUGUGGAUGUCCUUUCUUUUGAUUCUACCACAACAACAGAUACCACCACUGUAAGAACCUUAGCAGACAAGAGCGAAGAGAUCAGCGGAUAUUUCUUGAACCCUUCUUUACUGUCAACGGAAUGUUGCCCAACGACCUUGAAAAAGAAAACAGAAGACGUGAGUGACCUCCCUUCUGAGAGCCAAAGAAGCAUACCGCUCGCUCUGACUGACGCUUUAGAGCAUAUUAUGGAGCAACUCAAUGUUUUGACCCAGACUGUUUCAAUCUUGGAGCAGCGACUGACUUUGACAGAGGAUAAGCUCAAAGACUGCCUUGAAAAUCAGCAAAGGCUUUUCAAUGUUAUCCAACAUAAAAGUUAAAUAGAAAAAUAUGAACAGAGGCUUGAUAAAUGACCACAUGUACCUGUGCUCAGGAAGGCAGUGCAAGAUGGUUCCUCGACUGUGUACUCACUAUCAUGGCCUUUCUUAGAAGGGCGAGCAACAGAACAAAAGGCAGAAAAGGCAUAAUUAAUGACCAAUUUAAAUACACAAAUCAAUGUCAAGGACUAAUUCAGAUCAUUAACAUUUAUGAUUGCAGUAAUAAAGUAAUAAGUAUCCAAGCGGCUCUAUAUUUCCCCCCAUAUUAUUGUAAAUGCCAGUUGUCAUUUAUAGUACAAAUCCUGCCAGGAAAGUAACCAAAUCUCCGAAUUUCACUGUUAAAUCAUUUCACCUGACCACGUUCAGGCGAUUGCUUAAAGCAGUGGAUGUGUUCCCUUCAUGAACAACACGCUUGGGGUGAAGUAAUACAGUUAACUCUCCUGCAUCCUGGACGCAGGGAAUGAGCCAGCAGUCUGGCCCAUGGGUCUGUCAGCUCAGAAAAAACUUACUCUUCCUUAACCAUGUCCCAAAAUGAUGUUCUUAAAAAAUUCCUAAAGCACAGACUUUCCACAGCAAGAACACACUUACAUACAUGACACAGGACCGUGGGUUUUUCAUUUAUGCUGUACACGGCUUAUCCUUUGCCCUCGUGGGUGAGUGCCCGGAAUGAUUGGGGUUGUGCCCAGAACUGUGACCCCAGGUUACAAAGAUGGCGUCAGUGGGAUUUCCCUAGGCUCUGGUGCUUCAAUGAGGCAACAGUGAUACUUACAGACGCGUGCGCGCACACACACACACACACACACACACGUAUGUCCACAUGCUUCAGAAAUGUUGCUGCUCAGGGUGAUUUUGGUGGCUGGGUAAUAAGUACGUAUAAUACUCACAUCAUUGUCUUCCUAUUUUUUUUAUUUUUUUUAUUUUUUUUUUUAGUGAAUUGUGAUUUAAAACAAAAUGAAAAUGAGCCUGACAUUCCAAAAAAUGCUCAGGGUGAUCUGGUUACAAAUGAAGAAUUCUGUUUUAUCUAAAAAAAAAUAAA